UUCUCAAUUAUUUUUUUUACUUGAUAAAACUGUGUAUUUAUUGCCAAUUAAUAACUAAUGAAAUUUGCAUGUGAUAUAGUAGAAAAUAUGUAAGGCUUAAUUUAUAUAAGUGCAGCGUAAAGUCAUUAAUUUCAGUGAAUUUUCAAUUUAAUAUAAUAUGUUACACUAAAUUAAUUAAAAAAAAUUAAAAAAAAUUGAGGGUUCCAAUUGAAACAGAAAUAUAGUUGAAGGGGCGUGCGUACAUCUCAAGAGGUAUAAACAUUUGUUAGAAAAGGACAAACAAUCCCUAGAAAUGUCAAGGGCCUUGCUGCAGCUAUUUGCUGUUACUAUCAAAUAAAUACUAAGCACUGAAGCAAAACUAUUAUGAUUAUUAUUAUUAUUUUUUGGUAGGUUGAAUAGAUUAUAAAGAAGGUCAAGUUGCAUCUCUUCUUGACCAUGUGAAUAGAUGCCUCACAUGUUUGUUUAAAGUAAGAGCAAUGCAUUCAAGGGUCGAUCUUAUCGCAUUAAUCUUAUCACAAUUUUAUAAUUUUAAUAUUAAAAAUUUUAAAAAACUAUUUCAAAUUUUGGAUGGAUGGAUUGUAACUAAAAUGUACACCCCUCUUUUAGAUGUACAGAUAGUUAGAUAUAUACUCUAAAAAGAUAUAUAUAUUACAUCCCAUUAUUUAAAGAUUCACAAAAUUUUUUUAAAUUUUUAGUUUUUUAAAGAGGUUGUAUAAUACACACCCUCUUCUGAGGUCCGGAAAAAAAAAUCUCAAGUUUUUAAUUAAAAAAUAAUAAUAAAAUGAGUAAUUAUAUUUAGAUCAUAGAAAGCCUGUAGUAUAGGCCUACAGAUGGCAUUUCUUUACAAUAUAAUAAUGUAAAAGAAGUGACGCACGUGAAUAAGACAUGAUAAUUAAUAGAACAAAACAGUGCACAAAUUAUUCAUAAAACUGUUAUAGGAAUUGGAGUUUCAGCCUUUCUCAGGGUAGUUGGCGCAGUCGGCUCCCACACUUGUUCUGUGCCAUUAAUUGAUUCUCAGCCGGCAGCAGCCAGCUUUCUGCUCUGAGCUUGCUGGCACGAGAAUGGCGGGAGUAGAGCCGAUCAUAUUAGCAGCGCUGGGAUGGGUGGCGUCUCCCCUCGUGGCGAAGCUGCUUGCCGAAGGCUUCGCCAGCUUAGGCAUCAACGCGGAGAAGAAGCUGCAGAAGCUGAGGGCCACCGUCCUCCCGGUGUUGAAAUCGGUGAUCGAGAAAGCGGAAGGCAGCCCGCACCGGAGCGAGGUGGAGGGCUGGCUGCAGAGGCUGAAAGACGCUUACGACGGCGCAGAGGAUGCGCUGGACCUCCUCAACUACGACCGCCUCAGGCGCAAGGUGGCGGAAGCCGCAAGGAGCAGUGGUAAGAGGCCAACUAAUCCGGUACGUUCUUCUUUUUUUCACAUACCAAAACCUGUGAAAUGGAUGAUAAAAGGCUGUCGGGAUAUGGGGUCGCCUCAAAAGAUCAAGCUGAAGCGAAGGCUGAACAAGCUGGAAAAGAUCGCCGGCGAAGCCCAGACACUCCGCGAUUUGUUAGGCGCCACAGCAGCGCCCGACAGGCAGAACAUCGCGCAACCUCCGCAAAAAGUGUUUGGCCGCGACAAAGAUCGUGAAGAAAUCAUUCGGCGUUUGAAAACUGAACCUGCAGCAAUUUGCGAGCCUGGAUCAUCAUCGGGCAUCCCUAUAAUUGCCAUAGUUGGUCGCCCGGGGGUCGGAAAGACUGCUCUUGCACAGUACAUUUGUGAGCAGUUGAGGAGCGAAUUAGGUGACGGACAUUUUGACCUCAUCAUGUGGGUCUACGCAUCUUGCGAUUUCAAUGCAUCCGAAAUUAUGAAAAACAUCAUACAACAAGCUAGUAUUGCAAGUGAGUCUCAAGAUUCCGUUAAUCCAGAUGAUCUAGCCGUAACGAUCCUUGCUCUUCUUCGUAAUCGCAACACUAAUCUUGACACUAUGGUCGUGGGCAACCUUGACUCGCCUGAAGGGCUCCGACUGAAAAUGAACAAAAUGCUGAACGCGAAGAAUUUCCUGCUUGUGAUAGAUGAUGUUUGGUGCGACGGGGAAGACCACAAGAAGAAUUGGAAAACAUUAAGGUGCUUAAGCAAUUGUUGUUUGCCAGGGAGCAAGAUUUUAGUUACAUCUCAAAUGGAGGAUGCGCCGAGAAAGAUUGGUGCCGCUAUUGGUGCUACUAUAGAACACAUUUUUCCGUUGAAAGAUAUAGAAGAGAAUUACUUUUCAGAUCUUUUCAUUCACCACGCUUUGCCUAGCGGGGAAAUCGAUUCUCACUUAAGAGAAGAGUUAGAAGAGAAAUGCAGGACGAUCGCUAGGAAGUUGAACAAGGACCCUACGGCGGCCGAGAUGGUUGGCGAGACGAUCGCUACGGAGAUGGCUCGCCUCCUUCGUUCACAAGGUAAUUUACAUGCAUAUUUGAGAAAGAUUGCAGACGAGGACUGGUCUGGCGACAAAACCAAAGCACUGAUGUGGAGUUAUCGGCAUUUGCCUGCACAUCUUCAGCGUUGCUUCUCAUAUUGUAGCCUGUAUCCUAGAGGCCACACGUUUGAAGCUUUACAACUGGUCCAGCUCUGGAUGGCGCAAGGUUUUAUCAAGCCGGAUGAUCAGAAUAAGAGGAUGGAGGAUGUAGGCAAUAAUUACCUAAAUGAGUUGGUGUCCAGAUUCUACAUUCAGCGUCAUAACAGAGUCGGCUACUCCUCUGGGGCAUAUAAGUUUGUCAGCUACUAUACAUUGCAUGAAUUGUUGUAUGAUCUAGCAGAAAAGGUUACUCGCAAUUAUUGUGUUAGAAUAGAAGGUAAUCAUCAAAGCGAGAUCCCGUCAACUAUUCGCCAUCUGUGCAUACCAGCUAACAAACUGAACGAGAAUAAGGAGGAAAUUUGCAAACUAGAGAAACUUCGCACCCUAAUUGUCACAGGAGGGGAAAGCAUCAACUCAAAAGCAGAUGUUGUAACUGACAUCUCCAACAGCUUAAAACAAUUCAGCUUAAAAAAAUUGCGCGUGCUGGUUUUGGAGUUAAAUCUAGAAAAUUUGGCGAAGUUUAUAAGUGAAAUGAAGCACCUUCGCGUCCUACAAGUAUCAAGUACUAGCGAGUUUGUGUUGCCGGAGUCGGUGUGUACUCUGUAUCAGUUACAGGUGCUGAGAAUAAAUUGCGCUAGGUUGCUUCCUAAAUUCCUUAAUAACUUGGUUAGCUUGAGGUAUUUAGAGGCAAAUUCUGAUUUAAUUUCGGGGAUACCUGACAUUGGCAAGUUAACUUUCUUGCAAGGCCUAAAACAUUUUCAGGUGAAAAAGGAAAAAGGAUAUGAGCUAGAGCAGUUACAGAACUUGAAUGAACUUCGAGGACACUUGUGCAUUGAUAAUCUCGAGAAUGUUGAGAGCAAGGAUAGCGCCAUUGCAGCCAAAUUAAAAGAGAAGGAGCAUCUUGAUAUGCUCCAGUUGGUAUGGUGCGGCGGUUUGGACAAUGUAAAUUCUAGUUCGGAUGUUGAAAUUCUCGAGGGCCUCCAAUUGCCUCCCUAUCUUACCAGCCUGAUUUUAGAUGGGUAUCGAGGGCGGUCGUGUCCGUCUUGGCCCGAAUGUCAAACAUCUGAUAUUCAAGAACUUGCACUGAGGAGGUGCCGAAUGCUAGAAGCGCUCCCACUAAUGAUGGACCAGAUUUAUCGAUCUUGCAGAUCACUUGAGCUUUCGCAUCUUUCUAAACUUAAAGCAUUACACGCCCUUCCCCCACAGCUUACAAUACUCAUAAUAGAAAAUACACCGUCUCUCAUCUUUGUAACAAAUGAAGACCUGCAGUUGAGCGAAGAUGACAAGAGAUCCAUAAGAGAGGUUAGGAGAAACGGGACACAAGAAUGGUUUUCCCACCGAUAUCAAGAGUCCUUAGUCAACAAUGAAAAAGAAAUGAUGAAUUUCAUAGCCUCAAUGAAUGGCUCCAACAAUAAUGAAGCUAGCUCUGCAGAGCAUAAUAAGAGUGUGCCUGCCGCCGACGUGGCUAUUACCGAUCACUGGGAGAGAUGGUUGGAGAUUCACAAGCGAAAGAUGGAAUUGAUUUACAACAGACAAAAUGAGGCCAAAUUGCUUCUGCCCUCUACCCUUACCGAGCUCUGGCUUAAGGGAUGCAACAUUACUAACCGUGCAUUGUCGGCAAGCCUACAAACUCUUACCUCCCUCACCCGCCUGUCGCUAGAAGAGAUCAGAACAGUAACCUCUCUGCCAUCUGAAGAUGUCCUCGGCAAGUUAACAUCACUCCAAGCUGUAAUUCUACGAGAGUGCUGGGCCGUCACUUCGCUGGGUGGUAUAAGAUCCCUCCCCCAUCUUAAAGAACUCUACCUCUCAGGAUGCCCCUGCUUGGAUAGUAGAACUGCUUUCUUGCCGUCCUCGUUGGAGAUUAUCACUUUUGAAUCUUGUGCAGAUGUAGAUGUAAUCCUAGCCAACACAAAUUUGCCACGUCUAUCUCAUCUUACAAUUGUUCAAUGUGAUAUGCAAACGACAUCGUUACAGCUUGGCGACCUACAAUCUCUUUACUUCUUGUAUAUUGAUGAUUGUAUUGGGCUCUCAUCCUUGGUGUAUCUGCAGAAACUGAACUCUCUAGAAUGUCUCAUUCUGCAUAACUGCUCAAAUCUGGAGGCUGUGAUGAAUUUGCCCAUGUCACUUGCUCGUUUAGUAAUACGCAGCUGUCCGAUUUUAGAGAAGCAAUCUGUAAAAAUUGACCCCCUUUCAGGCAGGCGUAUCCUCGAUGGCAUCCCUGUAGAAGACACGUUAUGAGCAUCUCCAUGAUGUAGACAGAUGUAUAUACUUACUGGCAUUAGCUUCCGAAGAUGAAAAAAAAAAAGAAGAGAAAAACUGGUGGAUGGUCGAUUGCUAAAUUUCAGUCGUUUCUGGCACAGAGACUCCUUCAUAUAAAGCAUUUGAAAUAAAGGAAAAAAAAAGAAAAAAAAAAAAGGUGUUUGUUUAUAUUUUGUGUGUGUUUGUGUUUCGAUUGUUACUUGGUGCUGUCAAAGGCUAUGUUUACAUACCUAUACAAAAAAAAAAAAAAAAAAAAAAAAAAAAAAAAAAAAAAAAAAAAAAAAAA